GACGUCCGGUCCGUCGACGCGCGAGUUUCACCAUCAUCACCGGUCGCUCACGGACGUCGCAUCACCCGCAACGUUACCACCGCUGCAGCUCUGAGCGACUCGAUCUCGAGGCCCACGGGGUAAAAUUGCAAAAAUGACCGGCUUCAAUUGUCAGAGAAAUCCACUGCAUCACCAUUGAUCUUAUGGGAACAGUUGCAGUGUUAAUUCGACAAAGAGUUAAAUAAAAUAUAGAAGAAAAAGCUUAAUUUUCAAACAAUAUUGUCCAUAAAAAUAUUGAAAAAUAUGCCGAAGCUGACUAACGCGGAACGGACAAAAAACUUUCGAAAACAACAAAAAGAAAAAUCUAAGGCAGCUGGACAACAGAAAACCCCAACUCGUACCAGGAAAGAACGAGCUCGGGAACACAAGGUCCGAGGGAAGGAGAAACAACCUAAUAAAAUGUUGAUGACGAAACCUCAAAGUGCGCCCGUAUCGUUGGAAAUCAACUGCAAUGUGGAGACAAUGUCCUCUUCCGAAUCAGCAGAACCAGCUGGUUGGCUGAGACUUGGUGACCUGGCAAUCGGCGACGGAGGCGUGUGUGUCACGUCGCUGAUCAAGGACAAGAUACGCGAGUACAUGCUAAACGAAGAACAACAACAGACGACCGCGACGUCCACCACAGCGGCGGUGGCCUCGGUGGCCAAUACGGUGCAGGCGUCCAAGAGCAAUGACGUCACGUGUGUCCGACGGAUCGGCAACUCGCUGGACCUGUUGUUGCGCGAGAGCCGAAACGCCGGCCACGCCGUGGCCGCAGCCACCACCAAGAAUAAGUCGUCUUCACCGACCUCCAUCGCUACCGCGGCCGCGGCCAUAGACAUGGCUUCUGCCGCCUGCGCGGUCAUCACCGGCCCGGUCGACCAUAUCGCGACCACCGCGGUCAUCACCGCACCCGCCGACAGUUCGCGUCCGACCAUCGACCGACCGCUGCCACCAUUGCCACCACUGUUCACCAAACGCUAUUUCACCAUAGAAGACGAAAUGCAAAUUAGCCGCAUGCCGAUCCCGGCAGAUGAUUGUGAAAACAGCGAAAUGUCUGUUGACACUAGUCCUUCAGAUACAAAGACCGAUGAUUUGGAAACCACUACAAAAGUAAAUGGUGAUAGUCAUAAAAAGUUGAAUGGAACUAUUGUAGACAAUUCUAUAGAAACUGAUGAAAGCUCUGAACAUGUAAUUAAAAAAGAAGAAGAAGAAGAAGAAAAUGACGAAGAAGACCAUGGCGAUGAAGAUGAUGAAGAAAAAAUAGAGAAAAAAAAGGAUAACAAAGAAAAAGAUCCAGAAAACAAGACUGAACCCUUGUCCAAAAGUACUGAUAAAAUUGUGAAAAAUGGAGUGUCUGAGGAACAAAAAUCUGUAGAAACUAUUAACGACGAAACUUCUACAACUAAAAAUGAUAGUCCUGAAACAAAUGAUGACAAAGAUGAAGAUGACAAGCUUAUGGAAAUUGAUGAAACUGUAGAUCAAACUAAUGAAGAUGUAGUUAUUAAGAAAGAAUCUUCAAAAGUUGAUGAACCAGAAGUCACUGAAGAUGUCAAAACUCAAGAAAUAGAAAAGUCUAUUAAUGGGAAAGAAAAUCACAAGGAUGAAAUUAUUACAACUAGUAAUGAAGUAUUGAAGAAAAGUGAAGAAGAAACAAAUCCAGUGAAUGGAGAAGUUAAACUUAGUGAAGAUGAAAAACAUUUAAAAUCUGAAAAAGUGAAUCGUAAAGUUCUUGAAGAAGAGGAUAUGUCUAGUGAAAUUAGUACAGAUACACUUUCACCUAAGCAGAUAGAUGAACCAAUUGCACGCAAGAGGUCUGCUGCAAGUCACGAUGAACUUAGCGUUGUAAGUGGAGCAAGUAGCGAUAAUGAUUUACCUAAAAUUAAAAAGUUACGAUCUGAUGAAGAUACACCAUUAUUAAAAGACGAUACUCGAGAACGAUUGAUCAAGAAUAUCGUACAGUCAAGUGGUAAAAAUGAAGUUGAAUUAAAUAGGAAUGUAGAAAAAAUACAAAAUGAAAUAAAGGUAAUCACGGAAAUAGCACAGACUAAACGUGACGAGUUAGUGACCCUUAUCAGGUUACAAAAACUCAAAGAAGAAAUUAUUGAACGAUUGAUGAUUAAACUAAAAGAACUUGAUGCUAUGAAAACAGACAAUAGCAAAGACUGGAAUUUGCCAGAAAUGUUUCAAAUUAAUUUAAGUCAGCCUGAACAUAUACUAAGUGAAAAGAAUAUCUUAGAUAUUAUUGACAACCGUGGCGAUAGUCAACUUGAAAAGUCUACAAUAAAUAGUUACGAACAGAGUAUUUAUGCCUCUUCAUCACCUAAUACUAGUAUCACACCAGUCGCUUCAUCAGCUAAUGCUCAGCCCAAUGAAUGGAUAUUGUCAGAUAGGGUGAACCGCACCAACCGCGUUCAAAGACCUAUAUUGCCUAAGCCUUCUACAGCUAACAAUCAUAAAGAAGGCCGUCAAGGUCCUAUAUUAGAUGUUAAGCUGAUUAUUGCUGAUCAUCGAUCAAAGAAUCCUGAAACAGCUGUGACUAAAAGAGGCCGUCGGAAGGCGACUGCCAAUGAUUUUUCAGUACCCACAUCUUCAGCUCCAUUACGUUAUCCAAAUCCUAUGGGUUUUGGUAAUCCACUUCACCAUGCCAGUGAUGGGAAUUUUAAAACUACUAUCACAAAUACCCAUGGAGUUCCAAACAAUGUUAUGGAACAUGGGUCUGAACAUAAUCGUUUUAAAGAUGUUCCUGCUUUUCCAGAAGUUACACUGCAUCCAGUUUCGCAGCCAAUGCAGCAGCAGCAACAACAACAACAGCAACAACAACAAAUGCAACAGCAACCACAGCCAACUUCUCUAUUACAUGGAAUUUUAACUAAAGGCGCUGGUACACACCAUUUACCACUUAGUAUGUCACACCCUCCAACCAAUUAUUCACCUACAUUAGCAAGACUUUUAACUGCACCAGAACGUUGCAAGCAAAGCAGAGGAAAACGUCAAGCACCUGCAGCUACUGUUGUGUCUUCUAAUGCACAAUCUCGCAAUGAAAUAACUAUUACACCAGUUCAAAGUACGUCAAUGUCUUCAACUUUUCAACAAAAGCCAAGUUGUUCGUCAAAUAUACCUCCUGCUCAAGUAGAUGAUGAAGACGCAUCUGAUAGACUGGUUAUUGAUGAAGGACAAGAUGUUAUGAAUGCAAACUCUCCAUCUAGUGCUCCACAGUGUCAAGGUUGUAUGCAAAAACCAGCACAGUUUGUCUGUGCUGGAUGUGGCAAUCAAUGGUACUGUAGCAAAGACUGUCAAAUUGAUGCUUGGGAUGAUCAUUCAGAAGUCUGUAGCGGUUAAAUUCAUUUUUAAACGUGACAUUUGUGCCAAAAAAGAUCUCUUAAAGAUUAAUCUAAAUAAUUUGAAACUGGUAGUUGACUACCAAAAUCGUUUUAGUAAUUGACUUUGGUCUAGAGUAAAGACCUUUGGUGUAAAUCUAAGUCAAUUCACUAUAUUCACGUAUAAAUGUUCUAUAUGUGUGUGAAUGUUUAACAAUUAUGCACAUCAAAUUAAUCUUUAUUAGGAACUGACAAACUGUUAUAUACCUAUUUAUAUGUAUGUGUAUAUAUUAUUUUUUUUAUAAAUUAUAUUAUAUAAUAUGUCUUAAUAAUUUCCUAAUUCCACCACUAGCUUAACUGUGUGUGUGUUAGAACCGUAGAGUCUUAUUUUGAAUACGUAAAAUACUGUUGGGUCAAUGACUGUUAAUUAAACCACCCACUGUAUGCUUCUUGUUAAAUUGAUACAAGUACAAUUUUUUUUUUUAAUGUAUAAUGGAGACAAAUUUAUAGUGGCUCAUAAUUUUCGUUUUGAAUACUCAUGAACUUGUGCACCUGCUUAAAAUAUGAAAAAAAAAAAAAUUAAAAAAAAAUUUAAAUUAUUUUUACCAACCAUUAAGGUUUCCAUUACUUGUUAUAAUAUUGUAUUGUAAAUUGAUUGAUUAGUUGUUAGGAUUUGUUUGUUUGUUUAUUAUUUAUACUUAUUUUUUCUUUUUUAUUUAUUCAGUUUUCUGAGUUUGUAAUAUUAUUUAAAUUUAAAACCCUAAUAUCACAUUCAAAAUGUGGAUAAAACCAUGUAUUGACAGUUGUAUGUAUACACUAUGGUGUUUAUAUUAUAACAAACUAAUUCAAAAGAAUGGAAUAUAAAAUAAUAUUUUAUUGGAACAUA